AGUGGUUCACGUUGAUGUGCUCACAAUUUCGGAAAAGCAGGCUGUCCAACUAAUGAGUUUUGUGUUGUCGCGGUAUAGGGCUACCAUAACUAUUAUCGGAACACCGAGUUUUCGGAAUACUGGGCUUUCGGAACAUUGACAUGGCACCUGAAUUUCUACCAUUUCAUUUUAAGAAUAUAUUGCAUUAGACGCUAUGUGUAUGCAUCGGUAUCAUCAUUUUUAUUAUGUUAAACAGAAUGUAAGCAUACAUUGUUGAGAUUGCUCUUGUUUCAUUUUAAAUUUUACCGAAUGCGCAGUGAAGAACUACAGUACCCACAAUCCUUUGUGGAAACCUUCAUGCUUAACCCUCCUAUUACCUUCAGAUUUACUAACAUAUGUUAUCCUUGGGGUCAAUUUGACCCCAGCAAUUUAAACCUCCUCUAUUUAAUGUAUUUUGAUUUGUUUAUGUUCAGUUAGGAGAAAAUGCGUCGCAGCAAAAGGCAUCACAGAGAUCCUGUUCAAGAAGCUAUACACUAUAUAUCCCUGUCAGCUGACAGGCCAGAACUCACCGCCAGAUAUAUAAACUCUCUGAAAGGUCGAGGAGUGUUUAGCCACAGUUUCUUUGAAAAAGGAGACUUUUUAGUAGAAUACAGAGGAGAGAUCAUUUCAUUUGAAGAAUGUCAAAGACGCAGAAGAAUCUACCAUGAUGCGCUUCAAGUGUACUUUUUUGAAUACAAGGUCAAUGGGAACAAGCACUGUAUUGAUGCUGCAAAGGAUGACCUCUCUCUUGGCCGACUAGUUAAUGAUGACCACAUCAAUCCGAAUAGCCAGAUGAAACGUAUCACCGUCAAAGGCAAACCCCGCCUGUGCUUAUUUGCCAUACGGCAGAUACAGCCAGGAGAGGAAAUAACAUACAACUAUGGGGAUAUGGACUGGCCAUGGAGAACAAAGAGUGAUGUGAUUGCUGUGCAGGUCUCCAGCAAGGCAGAUGGCACCAGUGCAAUGACUCAAGCACAUCCUGCUGAGGUUGAUUUGCCUAAAGCCGAUCUACAGAGUGAUGUGAUUGCUGUGCAGGCCUCAAUCAGUGGAGAUGACACCACCAGCAUGAAUACAGCCCACCCUGCUUUGGUUGAAUAUCCAAAUGCAGUUACACUGAUUGAUCUGAUUAUUUUGCAGGUCUCCAGCAACGACGAUGACAUCAGCACAAUUAAUUUUGCACAACCUGCUGUGGUUGAAUUCCCAAGAGCAGAUCUUCAGGUUGAGGACACUUGUUGUUUUAAAUUGGUGGACUACACAAGCUCCGAAGAAGAAACCAGUGACCUGGAAAAUGCGAGCUGCUCUAGCCAAGUCUUGACAUACAAAACCCAUAACAAGAAUUCAGAAUUGUCAACUGAUGAUGAAUAUGUGCCAAAACUGAGGAGAACAAAAAGCAUACUGAAUUCAGAAUUGUCAACUGGUGAUGAAUAUGUGCCAAAACUGAGAAGAACAAAAAGCAUACUGAUGAAGGAUGGUAUCCCACCUAUAACGGAGAAGCUGUUUGACUCUGAUGACUCCUGCCCUGAUAGUGAAGAGGAAUGGGUGCCCAAAGGUUUUGACGAAAGUUCAGAAAGUAGCUGUGAAAUACCACUGAUCUUUCCUAAAAAGAGAUUUAGAUUAUCUCAAAGUACUAUGCCGCACAAAACAGAUGAAGAGGAAAGUAUAACAUACAAUACCGACGAAGAGGAAAGUAUGACACACAAUACAGACAAAGAGGAAAAUAUGACGCAUGAUGCAGACAAACAAGCGAGCAUGGCAAAUGAUACUGAAACAGAGGAGAGUGCCAAAGUACUUGUGUCUGUUGUCCACAAGAAAUGCAAUGGAUCAAGGUUGUACGACAAAAAGCAGCACUGCAUUUUCUGCAGAAAGUCUUUCACAAAGAUUUCGAAGCAUUUAGGAAGGAAGCAUAAGAAUGAAGUUGAUGUGGCAAGGGCCUUCAGUCACCCUCCAAAUUCCACUGAGAGACGCUUGCAGCUAGAGUACCUGCGGAAAAAAGGGAAUUACGUGCAUAAUUUGAAUGUUCUUCAAUCAGGCAGUGGAAAGCUUGUUCCUUGUAAAAGGCCGACGGAAGAUGCUCAGGGUGAGGAAUUCGUCCACUGCCCCUACUGCCUAGGCUUUUAUACUAGGAAAGUGCUAUGGAGGCAUGCAAAGAAAUGCCGUUUUAAACCUACUGAUGUCAAACCCAGACCAGGUAAGAACAGAAUACUUUCAUUGUGUGCUACAGUCUCAGCUUCAUCUGUUACAACUAGCGCUACCUUGAGGAAAGUGAUGAGCCAAAUGAGUCAAGAUAGAGUUUCACUUGUGGUCAAAGAUGACGAGUGUAUAUUGGAGAUGGGACAGCACCUUUGUAACAGGCUAGGGAGUGAUGUGUCGAAGCAUGAAUACAUUCGACAGAAGAUGAGAGAGCUGGGUAGACUUGUAGUUAGUGCAAGAGAAGUCACAUCUCUCAGGAACAUACAUGACAUGAUCACACCAGCCAACUUCAUGGAGACUGUCCUUGCUGUGAAACAUGUUGCUGGUUACAGACCAAAUGGUUCAUUCAAGACUUCAUCUCUUGCUUUGAAACUGGGACAAAGUCUGACAAAGAUUUCAGAACUCAUAGAAAGUAAAGCCUUGGUCAAAGGUGAUGAGGAAACUGCUAGAUCAGCACGGAAUUUCCGUCAGAUAUAUAACACAAAGUGGCGAGAAAUGAUUUCCGCAUCAGCACACCGAACACUUGAAGAAGGAAAAUGGAAUUCUCCACUACUGCUUCCUUUCACUGAGGAUGUGAAACUUCUUCAUUCAUAUCUGGAUGGAAAAGAAAAGGAGCACAGCAAUGCCUUGUCAUCAAAAUCAUCUACAACUGACUGGUCGAACCUUGCCAUGGUCACACUUACAAAGGUAAUACUUUUCAAUCGCCGCAGAGAGGGAGAAGUUUCUAGGAUGCUACUUUCCAACUUCACUCAGAGAGACACAUCAGACCCACAUGAUGACAUUAAUGCUGCUCUUUCAGAAUUAGAGAAAAAACUUUGUAAACACUUUCAGAGAAUCGAAAUAAGAGGGAAGAGAGGCCGAAAAGUCCCCAUUUUGCUGACCCCGGAGAUGAUACGGUCACUUGAACUCUUGGUGGCAAAGAGAGUUGAAUGUGGGGUGGAGAAAUGUAAUCCGUAUCUCUUUGCACGUCCAAGUGCCAUGACUUGCUUUCGUGGCUCUGAUUGCAUUAACUUUUUUGCCAAGGCUUGUGGUGCUAAGCAUCCAGAAACUUUGAGCUCCACAAAACUGCGCAAGCAAAUUGGUACACUCUCCAAAGUGUUGAACCUCUCAAAUACUGAAUUGGAUCAAUUAGCAGAUUUUUUAGGACAUGACAUACGUGUCCACAGGCAGUUUUACAGGCUUCCAGAGGGGACUUUGCAGCUUGCAAAGAUUAGCAAGGUCCUUAUGGCUUUUGAGACGGGACGUCUUUCCGAGUUUAAGGGGAAAAGCUUGGAUGACAUUACCAUCGAUCCUGAUGAUAGGGUUGAAGGUGUUGGAAACGAUGAUUUGGAUGAUUUGGAUGAUUUGGAUGAUUUGGAAGGGGGAAAGUUGAGGAUGAUGGAAACAGUUGAGGAUGAUGGAAACAGUGACAUGGAUGAUGAGUCUGGAGGUGGAGAUGAUGCACACCCAGAGCACAUGACACAUGGAGCGACCCCGCUUCGCACACGCCACAUGGCAAAGAAAAGAAAUGAAGGUGAAGUCACAGAGACAGACUGCGUGGGAGAGAGGGUGAUCAGAUCAUGUAAAGUACGCAGACCUGUCCAGAGGAAAAAAUGGCAGCCUGAAGAAAUUCAUGCUGUUGAAAAACAUAUGAUGAACUUUAUUAGGACAUGUCAUGUGCCUGGUAAAGCUGAUUGUGAUGGCUGCCUGAAAUCAGAGCCUCUUCAUCUGAAAGACAGAGAUUGGAAGGCCAUCAAGUUUUACGUAAAAAAUCGAAUCGAUGCUCUCAAGAGAAAAUCUUAAGAAAAAAACACACAGAAGACAUACUCUGUUAAAAUACCUCUGUUAAUGUUUGUGAUGGAGGGGGGAUCAUAUAAAUAAACUAAGCUAUUCAAAGUACAUUGUUUUUUGGGCAAAACCUCCCCAUGAGAGUAUGGCAUAGCCUUUAUAAUUUUAUUUAUUAUUAUUUUUUAAAGAGGUAACUCUGCCUGCAAGUUUUAAGUUGCAGUUAUUCUCUUUUAUUUCUAAAAUGUUUUUCUUUUAAAAAGGGGACUUGGAUUAGGGGAUGCUGCUUUUUUAUUUGAAUUGUGCAAAAUAUUUCAGUUUAACUCUGGUGUAUGAUAAGAGAGAGGGAGAAGAGAGAAGAGAACAGAACAGAAGAGAGAGGAGAGAAGAGAGAGGGGGAGAUAAGAGAGGGAUAAGAGAGAGGAGAGAGAGGAGAUAGAAGAGAGA